CCGGUGGCAGCGCCCGGCCGGAAGCGGAAGCACCGGGCAGCGGGAUAAGCGGGCGGGAGCGGAGCACGGGGCGGUUCGUGCUCGGUGUGCGGGCAAAAAUGUCUGCAGCAUGCGAGUUUGUGACACUCCACACUGGGCAGAAGAUGCCUCUCAUAGGACUGGGAACUUGGAAAAGUGACUGUGGUCAAGUGAAAGAAGCAGUGAAAUAUGCCCUGAGUGUGGGUUAUCGCAGCAUCGAUUGUGCAGCAGCUUAUUCCAAUGAAGUGGAGAUUGGUGAGGCUUUCCAGGAAUGCCUUGGGCCCAGCAAGGUUAUUAAAAGGGAGGACCUGUUUGUAACAUCAAAGCUCUGGAAUACCAAGCACCACCCAGAAGAUGUUGAGCCAGCACUAAGGAAAACACUUAGUGAUUUGAAACUGGAUUACCUGGACCUGUACCUCAUGCACUGGCCUCAUGCCUUUGAACGAGGGGACAAUCUGUUCCCAAAGAAUCCUGAUAACACGAUGCGUUAUGAUUACACUGAUUACAAGGAUACCUGGAAGGCUAUGGAGAAGCUGGUAGAAAAAGGCCUUGUGAAAGCCAUUGGGCUGUCAAACUUCAACAGUCGUCAGAUUGAUGAUGUGCUAAGCAUGGCUACUGUCAAACCAGCUGUGCUUCAGGUAGAAUGCCAUCCUUACCUAGCUCAGAAUGAGCUGAUAGCUCACUGCCAGAAACGAGGACUGGUUGUCACUGCCUACAGCCCCCUUGGUUCUCCAGAUCGCAUGUGGAAACACCCUGAUGAGCCUGUGCUUCUAGAAGAACCUGGGAUCAAAAAACUGGCAGAAAAAUAUGGCAAGUCACCUGCACAGAUCAUCCUCAGGUGGCAGGUGCAGCGUAAAGUGGUUGCCAUUCCCAAGAGCGUCACUCCCACUCGCAUUCAGCAGAAUGUCCAGGUGUUUGAUUUCAGCCUCACAGAAGAGGAGAUGAGCCACAUUGGAAGCCUGAAUAAGAACUGGCGUUACAUUGUGCCAAUGAUUACGGUGAAUGGAAAACUAGUAGCAAGAGAUGCUGGACACCCCCAUUAUCCCUUCAAUGACCCCUAUUAACUGCUAGAAAAUGUGUUAUGAGUAACACGCUCCUCUGCAUGCCCCUCCACAAAAUAAUUGUUGCCACAAUUUAUCCAAAAAUCUGUUGAAAUAAAACCUUCCUUCCUGAUUAGAUUUCCUUACAAUGUACUGUUUCAAAUUGACCUCCUUUCUGGAGAUACUGUAACUUCCAUGUCAAAGUUUCUUGAUUUAUGACAAUGACUGCAAGCUCACUCCUAGAAGCACCAAAUCUUUCAUGGAUUAGAUAAAGACUGGGGGAGCCUAAAUCAAGUUCCAAACACAUCAUUAUCAGGUUAGGGCAAGCAAUACUUUGUGCUUUACUGCCUCUGAAACAGUUUGAAAGCUUUAGUGAUUCCCAUGAGGGGAAAACAAAAGGGUGAAGGCAUGAAAGCUUUUUAAGACUAAACAGCAGCUCAGCCAUCAACUUUGAUAUUUUUAUCAAUAUUUUAUAUAGGGAAUACAUUGAAAUGUGCUACAGCUGCACUGUCUAUAAAUCAUUCAUUAAAACCCAGGUAAGAAGCCAUGCCCGGUACUUUAGAGUACUUGUAGGACUUUGAAUUAUCUAUUUUCAUUUUAAUUUGCCUGUAGAUUUGAGGAGAAUAAAUGCAUACCUUGGAGCAGGCCUUCAGGGCAAUCCUCUCUGUUGCUUGUCAUGUGGAUAGCUUUCUGCUCUGCCCAUCCUGUCACAAACACCUCAAGAACAUUUUAGCAACUCUUGUAGGAAAACACCCUGCUUUUCCUGUAGAGUUGUCCCGUGUUUACCAAAGUUGUUCAGCUUGUGUUGUGGAAGGUCACAAAAGUAGCUCCUGGCUCCACAAGUAAGACCCUGUCAGGGGGUCUCUUCCAUUUGAAUGUUCUGUUUUUCACUGCUGCCUGGGCUGAUGCUUGGGAGAGCUGGUCCUGUCUUCUGCUCUACACACUGGGCAAGUAACUUGCCUUUCUGUGCCUCUGUUUUCCCACUUGCCAUGUCUCUACGUUACUCCCUGGCAGGGACUGCUCCUACUGAGUGCUGACAAAUGGUUGAGCAAGACUGGAACUCUAGCAACGGUUUUAAUUGUUUCAGUCUCUUAAUGAAUUGUCUGGCCACCUGAGCACAAAGGGCAUGAGGUGUUGGUUCCUACCAGUCUCUGAUGGUGAUACCUUCUGUGGCCUUAGCAAUGUUAAUGCUUUAUUUUUGGUUUGUUUUUCUCCCUGUGACAUAGCAUUAAUCCUCCUUUGCCCUGGUGCAGGCAGGGUAGCAAGGCAGGGUUUCUAAAUCUGGGAUUUAAAACAAAACAACUCUUUCAGAUCUGUUGGUGCCACUCAGGCAGUCAUAGGCACGACUCCUUGUUUGCUGCUGGUUAAAGAAAGCUUAACUGACUAUAAGGGAAAUAAAAAACAUUUGUUUUAUUUUUCCCAUAGCACUAGCAAAUAUAGAAUUAGAAAAAUAAUCCUCUGUAUUCAAAUAGUUAAAUAAAGAAUUAGUUUUUAUAACCUCAUUUACAGUUGGCCUAUAGUAAAACUGUAUAUUCAUCCCAAGUGCAGUGUCUCCUCAUGCAUUCCCUGUCCUGGGCCUCACAGCCUGCAGCUGAACUGGAACAAACCUGUUUGUCACUUUUUGUAAUUCUUAUGUAAAAUUUAAAGAAUUUCUGGUCCUCAGUAAAGCAUUUCGUAAUUCCUGCUGAAUUUACUUCAGUGGAGGAAGCCAUUACAACUUAGUUAGGAUUUUUUACUAGAUUGGAUGUUUUCUUCUCAGCAAAAUUAAAUCCUUUGUUGUUGGUUUUUUUUUUUCUUAUUGUAAUAGAACGUGACUUUGAAUACAGAUCUUACUGCAAAUCAGUAGGGAAGCAAUUUUAGUUUGAAGGUGCCAUGUAGAGUGUUAGCAGCAGUCCUCCUGCAAAGAAAUCUGGCUUUGUUGCAUUUAUUUCCACUUGCAUGUUUCCAUGUCUUCAAUAAAUACUCUGCUUGGUGUA